AUGGUAAGAUCUAUUUAGUCGAAUAUCUUCAAUUUCCACGGUGGCUCUAUCCUUGCAAUUAAAGGCAAAAACUGCGUCGCAAUAGCAAUGGACCGCAGGCUUGGCGCUCAAUAUAAAACAGUCAGCACCACUUUCCAGCGUGUUUUCAAGAUGACCGACAAAUGUUUAGCAGGCUUCAUUGGCCUUGGAGGGGAUGUCCAAACAAUAGGCGCAGAUCUUAAAUACAAGCUUAAUCUUUAUGCUUUGAAGGAAAACAGACAAAUUCAGCCCAAAACUUUGUCAUGACUGAUCUCAAAUAUGCUGGUUCCCCUAUUUUUUUUUUCCAAAAUUUCUUUUUAUCCAUUAUUAGGAAAAAUUAUUAAGCAUUAGCCAAUAUGCUAUAUGGCAGAAGAUUUGGCCCAUAUUUCAUAGAGCCUUUAGUAGCUGGGCUAGACGAGAACAACGAACCCUACAUAUCAACGAGCGAUUCAAUUGGGUGCAUGACUGAUGGGGAUAACUUCUUUUGUAUUGGAACUGCGAGCGAGCUGAUGUUGGGCGCUUGUGAAAGUUUUGUUAAGCCUGAUUUAGAGGCAGAAGAACUCUUUGAGGUAGCUUCUCAAUGCUUAUUGUCAGCACUUGAUAGAGACGCAUUUUCAGGGUGGGGUGCUGUGGUUUAUAUCAUUACUCCUGCUGGUAUUACUGCAAGAACAUUAAAGGCUAGGAUGGAUUAA